AUGCCGGCCGUGCCUGCCAACCUGCCGGACCUCGUCCGCGCCGCGUUUGUCCGCGCCCGCGCCGCCGGCGACCUCACCUUUUUCCCGACCCAAGUCGCCCUCCUGCGGGUGCAGGGCGUGCCAUUCCAGCUGCGCUUUGCGCCGGCGCUGGCCAAGAAGCCCAAGGCAGAGAGCCAGAGAGAGGACACCAAAGACGACGAGGGCCACGCCGGCGGGAGCGACAAGAAACCGUAUGACCCGUUCGAGGCGCCGCCGCCGGGCCUCGUUGUGUGCCCCGCGGUCAACGGCGGCACCCAUCGCCUCGUGCUCAACAAGUUUGCCGUCAGCCAGGACCACGCCAUCCUGGCGACGACCGCCUGGCGGCCCCAGAGCCACCUGCUGGCGCCGGCGGACUUGGCGGCGGCGUACGCGUGCAUUGCGGCGUACGCGGCCCGCGGCGAGGCGCUGUACGUCUUCUACAACAGCGGCCGGCACUCGGGCGCCAGCCAGCCGCACCGGCAUCUGCAGCUGCUGCCUGUGGCGCCGAUGCGCGCGGGUCUGGCGGCCGACGCCGUGGACGAGUGGCAGGUGCUGGCGGACAAGCUGCUCGACGACCACGCGGCCGUACCGUUCUAUGUCGCGGCCGCACGGAUACGAGGCGACGACGGCGACGACGGCGGCGACGGCGACAACGGCCGGGCCCCCUCGGCCGAGCAGCUGCACGCCACCUACCUCGACCUGUACCGGCAAGCACGCGCCGCGGCGCACGGCACGGCGGCUGUCGUCCCUGGUGCGAGCGGCGCCGACGUCGACGCCGCCGCCGAAGAAGCGGGCGCGGUGCCCGCCUCCAUCAGCUACAACCUCGCGCUCACGCACCGCACCAUGGCGCUCCUGCCGCGCACGGCCGAGGGCGGCGCCGACAGGCAGUACCACCUUUCGUUGAACGGGACGGUGCUGGCGGGCACGGCGCUGGUCAAGAACGAGGCCGAGUGGGACGCGCUGCGCAGCGAUCCGGGCCGGCUGGGCGGCGUGUUGGCGCAGAUUGGUGUGUCGCCGACAGAGGCAAAGGCAGGGACAGUCGUGCGGGAACGGCCAUCGCCGUCGGCCUUGUGA